AUGACAUCAUCAAAUAAUCCGAACUCUAUUAGAGUCGGUAAAAAAAAAAAAAAAAUUUUUUUUAUGCUCGUAUUUCAUGGUUUAAUUGUGUUUUUGUUUGUUUGUUUGUUUGUUUCAGAACCGAGCAACUACGUUUGUUCUACGUGUAAAGUUCGAUUGAAUUCAGCUUGGCGUCUCGUUCAACAUGUUCAACACGUUCACGGAGUUAAAAUAUACGUGGAAUCGUCGAGUUCCAACAGCUCUCCGGGUGGUACCGGUAAACCUGGGAGCAAUAGUAACAAUCACAGUACAAGUAGCACCUCCUCAGGAUGUUCUAGCAGUAACAGCCUAAAAGAAUCUUUGGGAGAAAAGAUAUCUCACUCGGGAAACGCAAACGGAGGCGCAACAAAUUUAGCCGGGGCGCCUCUUUUAUCUCUUCCCGGCGCUCCCCGGCACUCUUCUCAUCUUCCAACUCCGAAUUCUGGGAUCGAUCCAUUGCUUCACAGUACUUUUUCCGUCGGGGGUUUGCUUCGGAUGGAUUCGAGUCGUCCCCCAACUUUCCCACCGACUUCUGCUUCAAAUCCAUUGAAUCUUACACCUAACAUUUUUGCCAGACCUAGUCAUGAUCAUCCUUUUCGCAUGGAUCAACUCGUAUCCGAGCAGUUUAGAUUAAAUCAGCAUCACGGUCUCAAUCUGGCUGCUGCUGCUGCCGCUGUGGCAGCUGUUGGAGGCGUACCACCCCAACAUUCCCCCUUCGGUCCUCCGACCGACCGUUCGAGUCUUUCCAAUUCAACUCCCUCGAGAAGCACACCCAUUCCUCCUCCUCCUCCACUUUCUCUCGCUUUAGAACCCCAACUUGAUUUUUAUUCCCAAAGACUUAGACAAUUAGCGGGUACCACUAGUCCUGGAGCAGCUGCUAUAGUCAGCAAUUCAACUCCAUCGCCUAGGAAACAAAUUUCUACGCCUCCAUUUACCUCGCCCAGCAUAACUCAUCCUCCUCAUCCGGCUUUACUCACUGCGACUCCUAAAUUGACUGUAAAUUCUCUAAACAAAGAAGAAGCGACAUCAACCGAAAAAGUACGUUCCUGUGAGUUUUGCGGUAAAAGAUUCAGAUUUCAGAGCAACCUAAUAGUUCAUAGACGCACUCAUACCGGAGAAAAGCCAUAUAAAUGUUUAGUUUGCAAUCAUGCAUGCACGCAAAGUAGCAAAUUAAAACGACACAUGAAAGUUCACAAGAAUCGGGGAAACGGGGAGGCCGGUGGCGAAGUUGGAACUACGAAUGGAGGCAGUUCCAAUUCGACACCGGAAAACAAUACUAACAAUUCAGGUUCGGAUGAUGAUAAUUCGGAAGUCGGAGAAGAGGAAGAAGAAGAAGAGGAGGAAGAAGAAAUGGAACUCGAAGAAGAAGAAGAAGAAAUUAACGAUGACGACGACGACAUUAACGGAGAUGCUCCGGAAGACUUGACGACAAAAUCGACUUCGAGCACUCCCAACAACAACACGGAUUCAAAUCAAAACAACAAAAUAAGUAGAACGAGUCAAAAUAACAAUAUAUUGAGGCCGAAUUCAUCCGAAAAACCAUCUAAUCCAAAUUCAUUAGUCGGAGAGCUUAUGGACAAAUUCGGAUUGUCAAACAUUCAACAAUACAGCGAGGCUUACAAACAAGCACUUCAGGAAAGCGUAAACAAUCGCAUAAGGGUAAAAGACGAAGCCAUGUUGCACAGGAGUCCCAUCAUCGGAGAAAAUAAUAACAUGGACAAACUCUCACCGGGUCGUUACGAAAAAGAAAUCGAAAGACUCGAAAAAGAGAGAGAAAAAGAAAGAACUCAAAAAGAUCGGAGCCGAGAACGUAAUCAUAUAGAAAAUGGAAACGUUUUCGACAAAGCCUUGUUGGAAAAAUCGGCUGCUCUGAGAUUUAGAGAAGAAUUUGCUAAAAAUUUAAUGACGGGUCAACCACCCAUGGAUUUAGGUCAUCCACUUUUCCGACCGGGUUUUGACAAUCCAUUCGAAGCCGCCAACAAAAGAAUGAAAAUGGAUUUGGAAAAUCAUCACAUCGGAAGGCCCGGAGAAAGAGAUAGUCUUUACGCUGGACUAUGGCUUCCGGCCAUAGCCGCAGCACAUCAUCGUGACAUGUUUCACACGGAAAAUUUAGAUCUUCUCGCGAGAUCGAAGGGAAUGGAAAGUUCUCUCCUUAAACCAAACGGUCCGAAACCGGGGCCUAGCGCUUCGAGUUUAGCCGCCGCGGCUGCGGCGGCCUUAAACUUAGGCAUGCCACCUUCUGGACCUCCUACGACGCACAUAAAAAAAGAAAGUUCCCGAAGAAACGACACAUGCGAAUACUGUGGUAAAAUAUUUAAAAAUUGUUCCAAUUUAACCGUGCACAGGCGCAGUCACACAGGGGAAAAACCUUACAAAUGUGAAUUAUGUUCCUAUGCAUGCGCUCAAAGUUCCAAAUUGACCAGACACAUGAAAACCCACGGUCGACUUGGGAAAGACGUAUACCGGUGUAGAUUCUGUGAAAUGCCAUUUUCGGUUCCUUCAACAUUAGAAAAGCACAUGAGAAAGUGCGUCGUGAGUCAAAAUAAAAACGGGGGCCACAUAAUGCCCAUAAUGAACGGGGAAGAAGAUUCAGUAUCAAGUGCGGCCAAGGACAGCACAUGA